AGGAAUAAAGUCUAAUCAAUUAGCUUUCUUUCUAUGAUCCAUCCACAUUUAUACAAUAAAGUAUACAUACAUUUUCCAGCACCUUCAAGAAUCCUCUCACUUUGAUGAUGGGCAACCCACGUAGAGUUGGUGUUGGCUUAGACUACUCUCCGGCCAGCAAACAAGCCCUCCGAUGGGCGGCGGAUAAUCUGAUCGACGGCGGUGAUCAGUUGAUCUUAAUCCAAGUCCAGCCAGCCAAAGCUUGUCAUACCAGGAAGCAGCCUUUUGAGAACACUGGAUCACCUUUGGUGCCUCUGGAGGAGUUCAGAGAUAUUAGUUACUCAAAGCAGUAUGGUCUAACUCAUGAUCCUGAAGUUCUUGAUAUUUUAGACACUGUGUCAAGGACAAAAGGGGCUAAGGUAGUGGCCAAGGUGUACUGGGGUGAUCCAAGGCAGAAGUUAUGCGAUGCUGUGGAGGAUCUCAAGCUUGAUUCUCUAGUUCUUGGAAGAAGAGGUCUUGGUGCAAUCAAAAGGGUACUGCUUGGGAGUGUUAGCAAGUAUGUGGUGACGAAUGUUUCAUGUCCAGUCACUGUUGUCAAGGGAAUCCACCUCUGAAACCAUGCAACUCCACAAAGAAAGGGCGGCCGGCCGGCAGAGAAUAUGCCUGACCUUAUCAUCUUAAUACAUUGUUGCUCGUCUUAAACUA